AACCGGAAUUGAAAUAACCGGGUUUUGAACAGAUAAUAUUAAUUUCAAACGACACCGUUUUGGAGUUGUGUCUAACACUUUGAUUGAUUCUGAAAUCUGGAUUCGUCUCCUCCAUUAAACAUCUCUCGUCUGAUAACACCGAUCCAUCUCUUUCUUUCUCUCUCCGUCGACUCUCGUUCUUAAAGAUGAAAGCUUUCUACGUAUUCGUUGUUGCUCUUCUUCUCACCUUGAAUUAUAGGGGAGAAGCAAGUGGUUCUGUUUUCUUCAUUGAUGGAUCCAACAAUCAAUAUCUUCGUCCACGAUCAUCCAGUGAGGCACUUCCCAUGUCGCCUGUUGAAAUAUCUGCAGCAGUGUCUGCCUUGUUGGGUUUUGCACCUUCAGCAACUUUGACAGCUGAUGGCUCAUCCAAGUUGAACAAGAUUCUAAAACCUAAUCCAUUUGAGAGGCCUCGCGCUGCUUUUGUGCUAGAAAUCGCUGGAGCUGAUGAUAUGCUUUUGGAAACCUCCCCUAGUCAUUCUUUCUUGGGCAAUGCCAUAAGGAGCAGUAUUAAGUCUGAUUCGUACAAAGCUGAUACUGAACUUCCAGACAAUGAAGUGGUUGUUGUGUCUGUCAAUGAACCCUCCUCUGAUGUGACUGACAAGGACAUUAAUGAUUUUGCAUCUUGGUUGGGUGGAUCAUAUGUUGCUGGAGCUGAACCAUCGUCUGGAUUGUUGAGUAUCCCUCUGGCUGGGGGUGCUAAUGUGGAGUUCAAUUUGGAAAAGGAAGCAGAGAGGAAAUUUGCAUUGAACCUUUUGGGUCUAUAUCAGAAUAUCAGACAGGCAGUCAGCGUUUAUGACGAUUUAUCUCAUGGUAUUGACAGAACUGCCGAAUUAACGGUUGGACGCUUUGGUGGUAUCGAUGCUUUAGCACAGGAGUAUGGACAAGGUAUGGCUAAGCAAGGGAUGGAUGUAUUACUUUCCACAUUAUCAAAGCUAUUCAAUCUGUUGGAGACAUCUCAUAAAGGCCAAAUUGUUGGGGUUAUCGUCCUUGAUGAGAGAGUAAACCAAGAAUCAGAAAAUCUUUUGAACUUUGGGUCUUCCCGUUCAUCUGCACGCUCAAUGGUGGAAGUGGAGGGAAUUCCAAGUGCAGCCAUUAUCGCUGAGGUUAUACUUGUUAGGCUGACUCUUGCAUGGUUGACUGGAAUCAUUCUUCUCAUUGCAACUAUCCUUGGGGUAUACUUCCUUAUGAACAUGCCUUUGACGAAGGAUACUCUUCUAUAUUCAAAUGUAAAGCUCGACUAAGAAAUGAAACAGAGCUUCAAAACGGCAAAAGGACACUGAUUUUCUCUACAGGUCGUUCGUUUACAUAUUUUUGUGUGUAUCAAGCCGUGUUUCUCAACUGGCCGCCUUUGAAACCGGUGUCAUUUGAAUGUUUAAAGAGAAGGAUGAAACUUUUGGUGGUCAGAGCAGUUGAUGUGUUAUGUGUAUAUUGCCAUAUUGGUUGCAUUCUCGACUUAUAAUUAUUUUCUUUCUUACAUACAUUUUGAGUCUCAGUCCUAAUAAUAAAAGACCACUUUGGACACUUGAUGUGUAUCUUCUGUCUCUGUAAGAGCUUUUGAUCAUGAAUCUGAAUAUAUUAUUGCAACUUCUCCAGGAGCUUUGUUUUGCAUAAGACAGCAUCAUUAGGCUGCUCAUUUACAAAUGUC